CCGAAACCAGAGCGCGUUUUGACUCCAUUGCGGUACGUUGUAUGGGAAACGAAGGAUUCUGUUGCGAUGGGGGAUUUAGUAAAAUUUGUCCGGCAGCAGUUCUUUGACAACAACUGGACUAAAUCGGUUGAUUCAAAUUCUCUCAGUGAAGAAAAACUGGAAUGUAUCGAUACCUCAUUCGCUCAUAUGGAUGUAAAGUCCAAAUUAUGUUUACUCUUAGCAUUCAGCAAUAUGAAGCCAAGCCCAGUCGAAAAGAUCAAUAAACACAUAGAAAGCAUAUUUCUUCAAGCAUUGGAUGAAGAAAAUAAUCUUGUUAAAGCUGUUGCUACAAUUUUGCACAGCAAACAAACUCUCAACUACCUUAAUUUUGAUAUUUCUCCAACAAAUGAAGCCUUUGGCAAGAACAUUGAUAAACUACUGAAGAGUGCGAAUAGCUGGAGUAUAGUAGAAACUCCUUUAUUAGCUGAAUACUUGGGUAGUAAUGUUCUCGAUACAUUUCUGAGUGUAAAAAAGAGUGAUUCAUCUGAAAAAGAGCCGAAUGAAUGUGGUUUCCGGCGACGAGGAAAACUGGAAUCAGAACAUUUGAAAGAGACCUACCUUGAAAAACUAAAAGACGAGUGUCAACGAAGACGUGUUCACGUGCCAAUACCAGGUAGAAGUUUUGCUCGUCAAGAUGAAACAGAAGAGUCGAUCACUUCUGAAGAAGUCAACAAUUCAGGCAAUUCAACGAAUGUAUCACAGUCGGAUUCUACUUCAUCUAAGCGAAAAAGCACUUUCCCGCGUAUAUCUGAUCGUAAUUCUGCCAGGCUAGAGUCUAAGCGAUCUCCAGUAUGGUCACGGAAUAAUUUAAAUAAAGUUGGGAAUAAUGGUGAAAAUAAGCCUAUGUCUAUAAGUGAUAGAAUCAACAAUAGGAGUUCUGCUAUGUCAGCAGUUAGGAAGCCUUCAGGAAUAAAACUGUUGGAAUUUGAUGAAUUACCUGCUUUCGGUCCGAAAGCUAAACAGCUACGUAAAGAAAAGGAACGUGAAGAAAGAUUAAAAUUGAAACAAGAGAAAGAAGAACGUGCACGUGAAAUGAAAGCUGCUCGUGAAGCUUCUAAACUUGCUCGCCAGUCUGAAAGACAAGCUCUACUAGAAGCUCGUAAACAAAAUAUGUUCAAUCCAUCCUUAUGGUCUGUUAAUAAUCAUGAUGAAUUUUCAGAAAAUAUUAGAACUGGAGGAAUACAAGGAGUUGGCGGUGUCGGUAGCGGUGUUGGCGGAAGUGGUGAUGGUAUGCUGCCAGUAGUAUGCCGUACAUCAGAAUUUAUGAAUUUUAAUUCCUCAUCUAUUUCGGAAAACAGACAAUCUUUUACUGUUUUAUCGAAAAAUUUCGUUGCAAAUUCACAACAAAGUAUUAGUAAUCGUGUACAGUAUCCUGGUAAUUUUGUAAAUUAUACAUCUAUGAUGAACUUGCCAAAUCGUCUUAUAUCUCCAAAAAUGAAUACUGAUUCAAAGCCAGUGAUUCAUCAUCCACUUUUGUCCGCAUCUGCUAAUACUAAUUCUGGUAAUUAUGUUGAAUAUGCAGAUGACGAAGACGAAGAAGACGAUGAUGAUGAUGAUGACGACGACGAUUAUGAUAUGAUGCAGAAUCCUGAAUCUGGAACGUCAUGCUCAAUAGGAUUCACUAACAACUUUAGUUUUAAACAAUCUUUUGGUGUCAAUAUGUCUGGUUUACAACCUGCUACUGUUUCUGCUUCUUCGUCUGCUAGAACAUUUCAGUGUUCGGUUCCUGCUGUUUCACAAGCUGGUGUCUACACCUUAAGUAGUAAUCAAUCAGAGUCAACUGACAAAUUGCCGGUCUCCAGUUUACAACAACAGGCUCAACCUGUUCAAUACCUUCCUUUCAGUAAUCCUUCUGUGUCUAAGUCCCCGUCGAGUACUGUGUCUAUCGCACCGGCGCCUGUAAAUCAUAUCAGACUAAUUCGACCCAAUGUAUCGCAGUCAACAACUACUACAGGCGGAGUUAUCAAAGUUGUGAACGCGCCUUCAUCUGACACACCAGUUCGAAUAAUUUGUUUAAUGGAUCAAAAUACUUCUAAGCCUACACAGAAUGUUAUUAUGCAGUCGGGAAAUCCGUCGAAUACUGAUAAGUUAAACGAAAGUAUAACUCAUGGGUCACAUGAAAAUCUUGCACUGUCAUCAGAAUCACCAACCUAUCCUGUACCUACAUCUGGUACGCAAAUGUUAUCACCUCAGAGAUUAGUAUCUAUCCCUUCUGAAUCGUCCCCAGUUAAAAUUAUCAAUAGUCCUGUCCAACCUAUACGUCCUCGUUCAGACACUACAACUGGUUCAUUGGUGUGUAUUGCUCCUCGUCCACCGCGUAUAAUCCAGUUAUCAUCAGCUAAUAAUAGUAUGUUUGAAAAUACAGUCACUACUCAACCAAUUUUGAGUUCACCAGGUGCUAAUCGAAUGUACUUAUCAACAUCAGCGUAUCCUGCACAGCAACAACAACCACAGCAACAAGCAGCAUCUGUUGGUGUCAUAAGGCCAUCAAAUUCUACAAUUGUACUUGAUGGAAGGCCUAUAGUAUUUGCGUCGCCUGCAACUCGUUUAACAUCACCACCAGCUGCUCCAGCUUUACGACCUCAACCAGUCCAACGGAUUAGUGUGGUAGCGUCGAGACCAACAGUACAAUCACCAACGAAUCAAACCUAUAUUCAAAUAUUACCACGGCCUACAGUGACUACAACUCAAGCCAGACCAACCAAUGUAGCUGUAUUGAAACCGUUGAAUCAAAGCAAAAUUCCUAUGGAUUCCACAGAUUCAACAUCAUCAUCAGCAUCAUCGGCGCAAAUUACUCCUACCCGUCAAGUUAUAGUAUCGAAUGCCUAUAACAGCAUUAAUAGUGGUAAUAAUAACCUUAGUAGUAAUAUUAACAGUAAUAGUAAUAAUAAUAAUGUAUCAAAUCCAUGUACCAUAGCUCCUGCAUCUAUUAUAACCAGUCUUUCAAAUUAUAAUUCGAAUCAGCUGACUUCAGGUGUUAUAAUUUCACAAGGAGGAGACGUUGUACAAUCUUCUCAACCGCCUUCGACGCCCAUCGUUACUGGUAAUAUUGUUGUCAGUAGUAAUACCAGUAGUAGUAAUAGUAGUACUUCUACAAACUUAUCAUCUGUCAAAAUUCAAGAUGAUUUAUGUUUAACUGAAUCACAAUUGAGUGUUGUUCAAAGCUUAUUUCAAGAUGCAAAUCGUGUUACCCGACCUGAAAAAGCGAUGAUUAUUUCCUUUAUUGCUGGCUCACGAGACAAUCCACGCCCGGAAACUGGUCAAAUAACUCGUAUCCGUCUUAGUGAAUAUCGUGAACGUGUUCUCAAUCAAACUACUGGCCAGUUAAUGGAUUUAGCUGUAGACACAUAUCUAACUAUGGAUUAUUCAACUGGCAAGUAUGAAAAAGUUAAAUGUUAUCGUACUGAUACACCUGAAAAUCUUGUAAAUCUACCUCUUCAAAGUAAUGUACAAUAAAAACUGUUUUUUGUCUUAUCACAGCUGCUAUCUCUCUCUCUCUCUUCAGUACUUACUCAUUAUUUAUACGUCUCUCUCUCUCUCACUGUCCCUUUUCUGUAGUCCUCGUGAGGGAUCUCAUCAUUUAUUGUUAGUAUUAUUAUUAUUAUUAUUACGAGUAAUGUGUGUAUAAUCAGUUUAUUGGUUAAUCUUUAUCCUCUUCCUGGAUCAGUUUUAUCCCUAUCAUUUAUCAUACAUAAUAUAGUAUAUUAUGAAUAUUUUUACUUCAUACAAUUAUAAUAAUAAUAUUAAUAAUAAUAAUA